CUUGUCACUCAGCUGCUGCAGAAGCAAACACCGUGCUCAAGUAUCAUCCUUGCGGUUUUAGUUGCUACACCUUCAUGGCUCAAAGACCAUAUUGAGAACACUCCAGGAUUUGCAACAAGGUUAAAGGACAUGGGUUUUCACAAGGACAUUGAGAGGGUAAUGUCCGUAGUUCUUAAGGAUAGACAAACUUUUCUAUUUUCCAACACAGUGCCUGAAGAGGAAAAGGAUCGCCAAAUCUUCUAUAUUUCUCUGGGGCGGGAUCACGAGUUUGUCAAUUGUGUCCGAAGGCACUGGAGAGACCCAUCAAUAAGUGAGACAAAUGCCCGUGAUUGCCUCACUGGAAAAACUUUGCUGUCUUCUUUACACACUUCUUCGAAAACACAUUGCAGA